AUGGCCUCCGUCGACCCCUUCGACUCGGCUCUCGACCUCCUCCGCCGCCUGAACCCGAAACACACGACCGACCACCUGAAUGCAAUCAUUUCCCUCGCACCGGAUCUGACGGAGGACCUUCUCUCGUCCGUCGACCAGCCCCUGACCGUCAAGCGCUGCAAGCAGACGGGCCGCGACUACCUCCUCUGCGACUACAACCGCGACGGCGACAGCUACCGCUCCCCAUGGAGCAACCAGUUCGACCCGCCUCUGGACGAAGGCGGCGUCGGCGGCGUCGGCGCUGGUGGUAGCGAGGGCGCCGGUGAGGGCGCGAUCCCCAGCGAGAGGGUCCGCAAGAUGGAGGUCAAGGCCAAUGAGGCGUUUGACGUGUACCGAGAUCUGUACUACGAGGGUGGUGUGAGCAGCGUAUACUUUUGGAACCUGGACGAUGGAUUCGCCGGCGUGGUUCUCUUGAAGAAAUCCGCGACCCCCGGCGGAAGCGCAGAGGGUGUAUGGGACUCGAUCCACGUCUUCGAGGCCAUUGAGCGCGGCCGCACGACGCAGUACAAGCUCACCUCGACCGUCAUCCUCUCGCUCUCUACCUCAACCAACGCCCUGGGCGACAUGGAUCUCAGCGGCAACAUGACGCGGCAGGUUGAGCAGGAGCUUGCGGUCGAUGGCGACGAGAGCCACAUUGCCAACGUGGGACGUCUCGUCGAAGACAUGGAGCUCAAGAUGCGUAACCUGCUGCAAGAGGUUUAUUUUGGCAAGGCCAAGGACGUCGUCGGCGACCUGCGGAGCGUGGGCAGCCUUAGCGAGGCUGGUAGGGACCGCGCGGCGCAGAGGGAGAUUAUCGGAAGCAUGCAGAAGUGA